AUUUAAUUAAUUAAAAAUAAAAAUAAAAAGAAGAUCAAGUUAGUUAAAUAAUCAUAGAAAUGGAAACAUCCUCUUUCUUCUUGGCAAGAAUGAUUUGCGGCGGCUUCGAACUUGUAAGGUAGGGAGGGAGCAAAGAAUGGUGAAGCGGCGGAGGUAGAGAUCUAUCUUUGUUCUUCUCUUCCAUCUCCGGAGCUUCAAUCAUUAACAAAUUCGGGUUGAGAACAAUGGAAACCUUGGCAACUGAUCCUGGAUUCGUUGAUUCGGGUGUCUACCUCAGGCUUGGGCUUCUUGUAGAGGGCAAACGUUUGCGUCAUAAGCCACCCACACUUCUUUCACGUCUCGCUUCUUCUCUCGAGAGAUCUGUGCUGUUGCAUGACAAAUCUCCCCCACACUUCCAAGACUCUUCUUCUGCUGUAACCGUCUUUGACGGUAGAUCUCCCCCUGAGAUCACCAUUGCUGACUACUUGAUUCGCAUUUUCAACUACUCUCACUGCAGUCCUUCUUGCUUUGUCAUUGCCUACAUCUACAUUCAUCAGUUUCUCCACCUCACCCGAUCUCAUCUCACCCCUCUUAAUGUCCACCGCCUUCUCGUUACAACUGUCAUGUUAGCUGCCAAAGUCUUCGACGACAGGUACUACAACAACGCUUACUACGCCAGAGUGGGAGGUGUUAGCACCAGAGAGUUGAACAGAUUGGAGAUGAAGCUCUUGUUCGCCCUUGACUUCAAGCUUCAGGUUGAUCCUCACACCUUUCACACCCACUGUUGUCUCUUAGAGAAUCACAACAGCGACGACGGGUUCCAGAUCGAGUGGCCUAUUAAAGAAGCAUGCUGGGCCAACAAAGAGUCUUGGCGGAAGAGCACACCCGAGUCUGUCUGCUCUCAAACCACAGCACGCUGAUCAGGAAGGAAUGAAUUCAUGUGAUGUGGCGAAGUGUAUAAUAGCGUUUGUGUGUGUGUGUGUUUGGUUAGUGUGAUGAUCAUUCUUUUGCACAUUUUGAUUCUUGUGAGCAGCUAAUUCACAAACUUUUAUUUUUUUUUCUUAGUAUAAAGUUUCUAAAUUUCUCACAAGCUAGUGCUUUAAGAAUUUUAUUUAUAUCUUACAUAGUUUCCAUCGUUGCUCA